GCCGCCCCCUCGCACAUGAAGAUGUACGUGCAAAGGGCUCUGGUGCUGCUCUCCCUGCUGAGCUUCGCCACCGUGAGCCUUUCCCUGUCCUCCUGCACCACCUUGGACCUGGACCACAUCAAGAAAAAGAGAGUAGAAGCCAUCCGGGGGCAGAUCCUGAGCAAGCUGCGGCUCACCAGCCCCCCGGAGACCGUGGGGCCAGCCCAUGUGCCCUACCAGAUCCUGGCCCUCUAUAACAGUACCCGGGAGCUGCUGGAAGAGAUGGAGGAGGAAAAGGAGGAGAGCUGCUCUCAGGACAACACCGAGUCCGAAUACUAUGCCAAAGAGAUCCAUAAAUUUGACAUGAUCCAGGGCCUCCCCGAGCACAAUGAGUUGGGCAUUUGUCCAAAAGGUGUCACCUCCAACGUGUUCCGCUUUAAUGUGUCCUCAGCAGAGAAGAACAGCACCAACUUGUUCCGGGCUGAGUUUCGGGUGCUACGUGUGCCCAACCCGAGCUCCAAACGCACUGAGCAGCGCAUUGAGCUCUUCCAGAUCCUGCGUCCGGACGAGCACAUAGCGAAGCAGCGGUACCUGAGCGGCAGGAACGUGCAGACGCGGGGCUCCCCGGAGUGGCUGUCCUUCGAUGUCACCGACACCGUGCGGGAGUGGCUGCUGCACAGAGAGUCCAACCUUGGCCUGGAAAUUAGCAUACACUGUCCUUGCCAUACUUUUCAGCCAAAUGGUGACAUCUUGGAGAAUUUGCACGAGGUCUUGGAGAUCAAAUUCAAAGGCAUUGACAGUGAGGAUGACUAUGGCCGUGGGGACUUGGGGCGCCUGAAGAAGCAGAAAGACUUGCAUAAUCCCCACCUCAUCCUGAUGAUGUUACCCCCACAUCGGCUGGAGAGUCCAGCGCUGGGAGGCCAGAGAAAGAAACGGGCCCUGGAUACCAACUACUGUUUUCGGAACCUGGAAGAGAACUGCUGCGUGCGUCCUCUGUACAUCGACUUCCGACAGGACCUUGGCUGGAAAUGGGUCCAUGAGCCUAAGGGCUACUUUGCCAACUUCUGCUCGGGUCCCUGCCCAUACCUCCGCAGUGCAGACACCACUCACAGCACGGUGCUGGGCUUAUACAACACGCUGAACCCUGAGGCAUCGGCUUCACCCUGCUGCGUCCCCCAGGACCUGGAGCCACUCACUAUCUUGUACUAUGUUGGGAGGACCCCCAAAGUGGAGCAGCUCUCCAACAUGGUGGUGAAAUCCUGCAAGUGUAGCUGAAAGGCACCUUGACCCGCCCAAAGCCAAGAGAGAAACUGUCAGCACCCACUCUCCUGCUCCCAGGCUAACACAAAAGCAACCGGGGGUCAGAGACUACGUAUGGUGAGGGCCGAGCGCCAAACCCUGUGGCUUAGGGUCUGACAGCCCUUGGGGAUCUCUUCUGGAACAUUUCUUGGUCUUGUUGGCAGUGUCACGUUCGUUCUGGGAGUUACUUCGGUUACACAAAGGCCACACUCUCCAAACUGCCUGGACAGUUGGUGCGGAAGAGAAGGACAGAGUGGAGGAACUGCUGUGUAUUCGAAUGUUGGAUUAUUGAUCUGGGAGAGUGAGAGAAUGAGAAAGAGCAGGUCAAAGGGGGAAUAGAAAUGGGGAGAUGUUUUCUAUUCUAGCUUUACCUAUCUUAGGACCUCAGCCCUCGCCACUGGCCUGAAGAAUUAAAGGAUUCCCCUGUAAGAGGGAACCCUGAAGGUUUCUUUAGAGAAAGAAAAUGCACCAAGAAGGGAAGCUGCUGAGAGAAGAAAUGCUCAGAGAU